AUGCUCCAGGUGCUGCAGUAUCGUUCCAACGGUGGCACAGCUUGAAAGCACGUAGCUUUCAGAUUUCCUUUGAAAUGAGGACCUUAUUUAUAGGUCUAACUGCGCUGGUGGUCUACUGCACAAGUAAAGAACUUGCCGAAAAAGACUGGUGGGAAACGGCUGUAUUCUAUCAAAUUUAUCCUCGCUCAUUCUACGACACCAACGGUGAUGGAGUUGGGGACAUCAAAGGUAUAACGGCAAAGCUGCAGCACCUCAAGGAUACGGGAAUCGACGCAACCUGGUUGAGCCCGGUGUUCAAAUCUCCUCAGCGAGAUUUCGGUUAUGACGUGAGCGAUUUUCUCGAGGUUGACGAACUGUUCGGUACGAACGAAGAUCUGGAAGAGCUGUUUGCCGAGGCGAAGAAGUUGGGCAUAAAAAUCAUAUUGGAUUUUGUGCCCAAUCACUCAAGUGUGGAACACUGGUGGUUCCAGCAGUCGGAACUUGGAGUUGAACCGUACAAGGAUUAUUACGUGUGGCAUCCGGGUAAAGUGGUCGAAGGACAAGACAAACCCGAUGUUCCGAAUAAUUGGAACUCCGUAUUCUACGGUUCCGCUUGGGAAUGGAGCGAGACCCGCAAAGAGUACUAUCUGCACCAGUUCGAGGUGGGACAGCCGGAUUUGAACUACCGCAAUGAAAAGGUGAUUGCCGAGUUCGACGAAAUUCUCCGCUUCUGGAUGGGGAAAGGUGCGUCCGGAUUCCGUGUGGAUGCCAUCAAUCACAUGUUCGAGGAUGAACAUUUCCGCGAUGAACCGAUCGAGGACCCUUCGGAUCCGUUAAGCUACGGUUACACCAACCAUAUGUACACCAAUAGCUUGUUGGAAACUUAUGAUGUCAUCGGACACUGGAGACGGGUCAUUGAUGAUUUUGCCAAGCAAAAUGAUCGUGAAACUAUUAUCAUGAUGACGGAGGCGUACACCAGUAUGGACAUGAUUAUGCGGUUCUACGAAUCGGAUGACGGAACCGAACAACGAGCGCACUUCCCGUUCAACUUUGCGAUGAUUACGGAGCUGGAUGCCGGCUCCAAAGCUCGAGACUUCAAAUACGUCAUCGACCGUUUCUUGGAAAACAUGCCUCGGGGCAAGAUAACCAACUGGGUGCUCGGUAAUCACGAUCAACCCCGUGUCGGCAGCCGCUACGGUCCGGAACGUAUCGACGGCAUGCUGUUGAUCCUGUUGACACUACCUGGUGUGGCGGUAACCUACAACGGAGAAGAGAUCGGUAUGCUGGACUAUCGGGACAUCUCCUACGAGGACAGCCGCGACCCACAGGGUUGCAACGUUGGCCCCGAAGAGUACAAAUGGAAAUCCAGGGAUCCCCAACGAACUCCCUUCCAGUGGGACGAUUCGUACAACGCUGGAUUUUCAACGGCAAACAAGAAAUGGCUACCGAUAAAUCCCUACUUCCGUCAGACUAACCUACGAAAACAGCGGGAAGCGGACUACAGUACAUAUCAGUUCUACGUGGAUGCUGUAGCUCUUCGCAAGAAUCACGUCUUCACUCACGGUCACUUCAAAUCUCGAGCUUUGGCAGAGAACGUGUUUGCAUUUGUUCGCUACCUCAAACCACAGGAUGACCCGAGUGGAAAGUACGACAAGUAUUUCAUUACUGUAGUCAAUUUAGACAAUCAAGUCACAACCGUUGAUCUGGGAUAUCUGUAUGAGAUAGCCAACAACCCAGUGAUUCGACUAGCAGGAACGGACUCUCGAUACAAAAUUGGGCAAAGUGUCGAAUCGUAUAACUUGACUCUGGGCCCGUAUGAAUCGUUGGUUGUAGCGGAGUCGGCAGCCGUAGCUCUUCGUGGAGCUAUGAUUAUCGUUACGUUAGCUCUAAUUGGCUAUCUAUUCCUGUGAUUAUUCAGUUCAAUAAAACAGUGAAUUGGAAGACAAUAA